AUGGCGGCACCUGUGCCAUUUCGGAUCGAUCAAGCCAAGGUACGCGAGUGGCAGUUUCUUCGGAAUCUCAUCCCCUCCAAACCCCCCAUUAAAUGACCCACUGUUGAUCAUAAAUUCGAUGACAUGUGUCGGGAGCAGCACGAGUGAGCAAGCGUUUCCGUCUUUUCAUUUCCGACCCGAAAACAAGGUCAUUCGGACGAUUGUUUUAUGUUCAGAGCAUGCCAAACUUUCCGCCCACUGUCUACUACCGCGACACCUACGGAUUCGACGACAGGCCCAGCGAGUCCGACAACGACAGUAUCACCACCAAAUCGACAGGUCAGCAAAAAAGCGCUCUUUCUCUCUUUCUCUCUCUCAAAAAUCCAACGUUUUUCAGUGACAGUUCGCACGACUUACAAUAUAAACCCGCAGGGCGGCGGUGGAAUGGCCAUCAACCCGACCUACCAGCACAUUCAUAGCAGAAAUAUGAAUGAUCAGACGAAGAUGAUGAACUAUUCGCACGCUUCCAAUUCGUUUCACGUGAGUUGGUCGUUAAUUCAAAAAAGUAGGGAUGGGCAAAAGGCCGAUCUAGACAUUCGGACCACUUGCGAUAACCGAUAGAGUCCAAACUUUGCAGGCUUUCUAGUCUUGGAUUGAGCCUGCAAAGUUUGGAUCCGAUCUGAUUAUUGCAAGUGGGCCAAAACUGCAGGCCUGCGAAUGCCUUGUUCAACAGUAGUUUGACUGAAUGCUCAGGUGGAACAACUCGUCACCUCAAAGAUUUUGACCCCGAAUCCAAGGACAAUACUCAUUUGCGUACUGAUAGCAGCUGCGAGUGCUAUUCAACUGGUGAGUCUCCUCCUGAUUCGCCCAUUCUCUUGCUCGUUUCAGUUGAUAUUCUCAAUGAUCGCAGUGUUCUACGACGGUCCGUUUCCAUGGACCACUUUGCUCUGUCUACUCAUGAUUUGCAAUUGUCUCGUUGUUUUAACGUUCAUCAGAUGUCAACCGACACGAGCAUGGCUGGCGAGUGCACAACUGACCACAUAUCGUGUCUAUCGAACAAGUUCCAGAUUGCAAGUCUCAUCGCCGCCUCCACGUCCUUCAUCGAGUGCACGGGACUGUUUUUCUGGACGGCCCUUCUUGUCAGUGACGAAGAAAAGUAUUUGCAGAAAGUUGGGGCGGACGACAAUCGGAUUGUGACGAGUACGCGGAUUGCCAUGUACAUGUGCCAGAUGCUUUUCGCUCCGAUUCACUGUGAGUUUCUGGAUCUAUCUAAUGAAUUGUCAACGAUCUUUCAGUGAUAACAUGCGGAUUGAUAAUCUGGAAACUACGAACUCAACUCUCUCCCACCGAUGAAAUUGUCAACGGAUACUUUCUGAGUGAGCCCGAACUCGGCCAUCAGGUACAAUAAUCUCCACUUUCGUCUUUUCAACUCCGAAGUUUCCAGAAGAUAUUGGUGCCAAUUGAACUUCGUCAAAUUCGAAAUGAUAGCGACGAUGAGACGGAUAACGCUUCGAUUGGAGUGCAAACGAGCGGUUCGCGCAAAAAUUAA